UGCUGUCGCGAUAUAUUGCAGAUCGAAAUAAGAACGUAUGAUUGACAAUGAUAUGUCGUAAUUAUUUUUGAGUGACACAUUUCAUGUCCGCUGAUAGAGGAAAUUCAAGUGUUGAAAUACAAGGCGAUGGAUAGGACCAUGUUAUACGUUUGUCAAGCAAUUGUGGUUCUACAAGCUCUGGUGACGAUUGGUUCUGCUGAUCUUAUGGUGGAAAGGUUGGAUACAGUGCCUUUGGACGACGUAGCUGAUACUGAUGAUUCUAAGGAUAACAUCCCACAUGCUACGCCAACUCAAGAAGAAGCAGCCUCCAUGCCCGAAAGCAUGGCGCAUGCGAUGCAAGAAUUCAUGGCAGCUGCAGAUUUGGGACAAAAGAUGGCACAAGACGGCGUCCAUACUCAAGAGGAAACCGAGAAACAGUACGUAAAGAUGACUCAGUUGUUAGAAGAGAUGCUUGACUACAUGUACAGCGCCAACAACGCUUACAGCUUCCUCCAAGCUAAAGGCCUUGAUACUAUAAUCGUACCAAAUAUGCAUAUCACCUUCUCGCAAUUAAGAACUUCACUACUCCAGUUAUUAAAAGCUCUCUUCGAUAUAGCACCAACCACGACAGUUACUGUCAUCCCUGACACCAUUCUAGAUAAAUUAGUCGACAUAUAUGAACAAGACGAUGAUCUUGACAUCAAAACUCACGCUAUAGAACUAUUAUCAGUCUGGCUUCCAGGAAACCCUCAAGCCCAAACGCGCGUGAUGAAGAUGAGAGGGCUCCUACCGUUUUACAAACAACUGGCAAAAUUGGAUCCACUGCUGACAAGAUUAACGUUAGAACUUUUCAAUAAGAUUUUGAACGAGCAUAUCUCCGCGAGAAAUAAAAAACUGCAGAAAAAUAAAGCUGAUUAUAAGACUUUUCAGAUGUAUCAGCAGAUUGGUUUGAUUGAGCGCUUAUCUACGCCAAUGUUGUGUAAUGGUUUGCUAAAAAUAUUCGAGGCAGUAUUUCCUACUAGUUCGCCACACAAGGAUUAUAAGGAUAUGUUACCGCCCAUGUUAAAGCUGCUUCAAGUUAUAAAACCACACUGUGCUAGAGUGUACAACGGCAGGCCUAAGGUUGAAACACUGAUUAACCAAGUGUUAGAGCAGGUACAAGAACCAAGUACUCGGGAAGACCUGGAAAAACAGAUGAUAAAUGUUACAGAAGUCAUAGAGAGCUUGACCGAAUUUGCACAGUUAGUGAAACUGAGAGAGCACACCGAACUUUGAAGCAGUUUUGUUUGGUGAGUCGAGAGUUUGAUAUAUUUUAGUUAGAUUUUCCUGGAUGCGUGAUUAGCAGAACUCUAGCUGGGUUUCCAAAAACAGUAGGUACGUAAGUGUUAAAAGCACAUCAUGGUUUCUAUUCUUAAAGUGGAACCACGAUGUGCAUUUCUUUCUACUCGCUUACAUAACAAAAUUGAAUCUUUAUCGAAGUAUUAGCAUACCGUAACUUAAUUCUUAAUGUUAAUUAAUUAAAAAUAUAGAUUAACUAACAUCGUCUUACUAUUUUUUAUAAGUCUAAUCUAAUCAGUUUUUUUAAUCUUUUAUACGUUGAACGUGGCAAGAAAGCGUAAAGCCUGGCCACUUGCUUUGGAUGCUUGAGAGUAUCGAAAUACCAUAGCGUUUAUUACAUCUACAUGGAUGGUUGCCGGACACUUUUUCUAGAUGGUAGACUGGCUUCAUUAC